UGAAUCUCUCCAGAGAGAGAGAUACUCUCUCACUUUGCCUUUUCGCUUUUGCAUGUCGGGUUCCUUUUUCGGUUAACCAAAACCAAAACAAAGCUCCCCAAAGCUUUCAUUUCAUUUCUUCGUCAUUGCUUUGAUAUCUUCUCUUUCCUCUCUGCUUUGCUUUUGUUGUUUUUGCAUCAUUUUCCAUCUGGGUUUCGCUCAUUUUGAUAUCUUCUUCACUCAAAACUUCACUAGGCCUGUUUCCUUUGUUUCUUUUUUCUUAUCCAAGCCAGCUUUUAUUUUCACUAACCAUUUGAGCUUUCUUUGUUUUGCAACUUGGGUUGGUUUCAGAUCUUCAAAAUAUCAAGUAAAAAUGCUGGAUCCAAGUGAAAAAGGAUCAGAUUCUGAAGAUCAGAGUAAGAAAUACCCAGAAGGGAUUUCACCAAAAGAAACUCAAAAUCAAAGCAUUAGCAAUGAAACCAAGAAAAUUUGUGCUGAUUGUGGUACCUCCAAAACCCCUCUUUGGAGAGGUGGCCCAGCUGGACCCAAGUCUCUGUGCAAUGCAUGUGGGAUCAGAAGCAGGAAAAAGAGAAGGGCAAUUUUGGGAUUAAACAAAGGAGAAGACAAAAAAUCAAAGAGAGGAAAUAGAAAUGGUGACAACAGUGGUUCAAGUAACACUAAAAAUUUAGGAGAUAAUCUGAAGCAGAGAUUGUUAUCUUUAGGAAGAGAAGUUUUGAUGCAAAGAUCAACGGUUGAGAAACAAAGGAGAAAGUUAGGAGAAGAAGAACAAGCUGCUGUUCUUUUAAUGGCUCUCUCCUAUGGUUCUGUUUAUGCUUAGUGUUUUUUUUUUUUUAAUAUAUUUAGAACAAAAAUAAUAGGAUCUUUAAUGGGUAUCUAACCAUUUUCAAGUGUAUUCUUUGGUAAUUUUCCUUAUUUUUGUUCUUGUUAAUUUGUAGUGUUUUUAGUGUUGACUAACUGUACUGUCAGUUGUCGUAGUUGGAAGAGAAGAAUUUGAGGAUGGAAAGUGUAAGAAAAUUGAGACUUUUCAUUCUAGUUUUCUUAAUCUAAUUGUAGUAGUAAUUUAUGUUUGUGGGCUUUGAUCGCUCCUUUUCUUGUUUCUAUUUUUCUUUAUUGAAUCGAAUUU